CCCCCCACCGCGCCCCCUCUCCACCACUUCUCUUCUCUCCCACUGUUCCAAUAACCGAGCCACAAAAGGCAGGGAAAACCUCCCUUCGCCCACAGUUCAACGGUAAACCAUUAUACGCGUUGCUUCUACUUCAACACAAUAUUUUCUUCCGUUUCUUCUGAUGGCGGGCACCAGACUGAAUGGUGGAAUUGCUCUUGUUACCGGUGCCGCAUCAGGCAUUGGGAAAGAUGUCUGCUUCGCCCUCGCUGAAGCCGGUGUCGAAGCAAUCCUCCUGGCGGACCUGAACCUUCCUACGGAUCCCAUUCUCCAAGAGUGUCAAAAGUUCUCCUCCCACCCCAACUUUCGUGCCCUAUCGGUAAAGGUAGAUGUCACGGAUGAGGCCAGCGUCGAUAGCAUGGUCCAGCAUGCUGUCAGCGAGCUCGGACGGAUUGACUACUGCGUCCACUCCGCAGGCAUCUCCGGUAAUUCGCGUACACGUACCGCAACCCUGAACGUCGACGCAUUCGACCAAUCCAUGAGAACCAACUCCCGCGGGACUAUGUUGGUACUGCGGGCCGUCUCCCAGGCCAUGUCGUUGCAGGAGCCGCGCUCGUACACCAGCACGCGCAGCAACACGACCCGCACUCUGGGCCGCGGGUCGAUCGUCGUGCUCUCCUCUAUCAAUGGCCUGAUCUCAGUGCCCGGCAUGAUGCCAUACACAGCAUCUAAACAUGCGACCAUUGGAAUCGCGCAGACUGCUGCCGCCGACAACUUUGAGCAUCAUAUCCGCGUCAAUGUUGUAUGCCCGUCAUGGACUGACACACCCAUGAUGCAGAAGACCAUCAGCAACGUUCCUACCCUGGAGCAGGCAAUUGCGAAACUGUGCCCCCUCGGGAGGCUCGCCAUGCCAGAGGAGGUUUCUGAUGCGGUUGUUUUUCUCUGUAGCCCCGGCGCUUCUUUUAUCAAUGGAGAAAGCCUGGUGAUCGAUGCAGGAUUUACGUUGACAGGGUUCCGGAUGGGCCACUGACGUGCUGUGACUGCAGUUGAGCAAUGCUUCGUAGAUACAAUGUCUAUAUUUGAGGCUUGGGCAAGGAUUGUGUACUGGAUAAACCCAGAGAUGAGUACCUAGACGUU